AUGUUUACACGCAAGGCAGACAACGACCCAUCUGCUCCGCCCAUGACCAAGAAGCCCCGUGGUCUCUCGCCGGCUUCGUCUUCGUCGUCGUCGUCGUCGUCGUCGGCAGCAGCGGCGGCUGCUGGCGGGCCGUCGGCUGACGAGCUCUCGGCCACUGUCAUGAGCCAUCUCUCGGGCGCCAUGGGCGGCAUCAUCGUCUUUGCAGGCUCACAACUCGGCCUAUUUGAUGCGUUGGCUGCGUGCGGGCCCGCUACCGCCGCCAAUCUGGCUACGGCUGUUGACCUCGACCCGCGAUAUGUGCUCGAGUGGCUCAACGGCGCCGUGGCUGCGGGCUACGCGCAGUACAAUGUGAGCAAGGCGACCGAGAAAGAGCUGGCUGCGGGUGUCGGUGGCGGCUCGGGCACAUACUUUAUGAACGAGGCCCAGAUCGCGGCCAUGGCCAACGUCUCGUCGCCGCGCUACUGCCGCCCGUUUUUCGAUCUAGUCGUCGGCAACAUCUUCCUUUACAACGAUGUGGUGGCCAAGGGCUUCAAGGCCGGCGGCGGCAUGCCGUUCUCGGCGUACAACCUCCACUCGACCAUUGCCCAAGUCAACGCCAACACCUUUGCCAACGAUCUUAUUCCGUGGAUGGAAGCUAUUCCGGGCCUCGUCGACCGCCUCCACACGCCCGGCACCCGCUUCCUCGACAUCGGAUGCGGCGAGGGCCAGGCCACGCUGGUCCUAGCCAAAGCAUUCCCGGAUGCCAUUUUUGUCGGCCUCGACGCCGACCACGCCUCGAUCAUCAACGCCCGCGAGCAUGCCUUCCAGGCCUCGCUCACAAACGCCUCCUUUGUCGAGGCCUCGCUCCGCGACUACCCUUCCAUCCUCUCCGAGCCGACCUCGCGCUUUGGCUACGACAUUGUCUGGGCGUACGACACCCUCCACGACAUCGGCGACCUAGAGCCCACCCUCCGUGCCAUCCGUGCAGUCUGUCGCUCUCCGGACACCAUGUUCAUCUGGUCCGAGCCGUCCGGCUCGUCCAACCCCAACGACAACCGCCAUCCGCGCGGCGUCAUGCGUGCAGGCAUCUCUCUCCUCCACUGCCUCCCCGUCGCCAUCGGUCAAGACGGCGCCGGCACAGGCACUGUCAUCGGCUCGCCGCCCGUCUUUGCCACCUACGCUAAGCGCGCAGGCUUUCUCGGCGUCGAAGAGCUCGACGUGCCCGACAAGACCAACUACUUUUUCAAAGUCCUCCUCCCACCCACCCUCGACGAGCUCCGCGACGGCGUCGGCGGUGAGUAGUACCACCUACCACUGGCCAUCACUCGCCUUUCACAUCAUCCAUGCCUCUAAAAACGCCGAGUUCGC